GGGGAGAGGGUGGGUUGUGUAUUUUGCCAAGCCAAGUGUAGUGUGUGUGGUAGUGUGAAAUUGUGUGUAUUGAUAUUUAGUGGUGACGGAUGAUUCAUUCCCGCGGGAACAGUUGUUGACCAGGCAGCGUGAAACUUUUUCUGUAAAGAGUGCGCAAUGUCCGAAAACGUUUUCGUGGAUAUUCCAAAUAAUGAGCAAACAUAUAAUGCUCAGGAUUGUUUUGCUCCCAGAUUACCUUUGGUUCGUUUGCCCAACGUGCCGAACUUACGCAUCACACCGAUUAUUUUACCAAGUGAAAAUCGACCAGCUAGCACUUCUACAAAACUUGUUGCAUGUAAUGAUGUUUAUACACCACAUGAUUUGAGACAUAUUUCAAACGAUGAUCAGCAUAAAUGUUGCAAAUGUAGUACGGACGAAGUUCAUAAACUGAAACAACAGCUAGCUGUGAGCGAAGCAUUGAAUAACAAAUUAGAAGAGGAAUUAAAGUAUUAUAAAAAUGUUCUAGAGCAAAAGUUAGAAAUUGUUUUAAAAAAUUCGGCCUAUCAACGAGAAGCGUUCCAGGAGUUCGUUACUGUGAGUCGUCCAAGAGAAGGUCUUCUUCCCAAAACUAAUUUUGAAUUCGCUCCAAUGCAAAACGAUGAAGAGUUGCAAAAUUUUGACAGACAGUUAGGUACAGAUGCAGAGUACAAAGCAAAAGUCGUUCGUUAUUUACAAAAACAAGUAGAUCGAUCAGAUGUGCUGAAUCGUCUGCAUUCUUUAAUAGACUUGCUGUUUGGCAAAACAUUUUUCUCUAAAUUUUGUUGGAUGGGUAGUUAUGAUAAAAAAAAUCCCAAAAAACCAUUUAACAUUUAUAAAAACGUUAUAAACCUGUUUCAAAUAAUAGGGACAAAUGAAAAUAUUAUGCCUUCCACAGCAUUUGUCAAAGAAUUUCUUCAGCAAAAAUUUAAAAAUUCCUUAAAACGAAUCCAUGUCUCCGAUCUCAAAACUACAACAUCAUUUAAAAAAGUUAAUGUUAAUAACGAUGAUUAAUCUUUAUAACCCAAUCAGAAAAUCAAGCAAAAGCUAUUGAAUUGAAAUCUAUUUAGUAGGGAGUAUGCCGAUUCGUAACAGUUUACAAUUUCUUGGCUGUGGCAUAAUUGGUACAAUUAUGUGUAUGUUACUACGUUACCUAAUACUAAGUUAACUGAUAUGUUAAACGAACUAAUGCAUUCAAUAUGAACUGAUGAUGCGAUGAAUGUAAAAUAAGUAUUGUUAUUCGUUAAAUUAGAUAAAGCUUUUCAAUGCGAAACAUGUUUCUCAGAAUUUGUGAUGUAAUGAACUAAUACAAGUAGAAUAGGUAAUAUUGUUUUCUUGUUUACAUUCAUAUUUAUUGUUUUAUAUUUAUUCUAUAUCAAUGUAUGUACUAGCGGAAUAAACAUAGUAUCAUUCGGGGUUAUUCCUUUAAUACAUACUAACUUACAUUUAAUAAAAUCAGUAUUUAAUUCUAAACGAUAAUUUUCAAGGCUUUCAGUGUUCCCCUUA